AUAUACGUUAAUUAGAUUGUGAUACUUAUUAAGGAAACAUGGCUACUAACGGAAAUCAAGCAAUGGACGAGGACAAAAGUCCGGCACCGAAGAAUUACCAGGAAUAUUUAAUGCUGCAAAAUUUGCUGAAAUGUCAAGUCUUACAAAGCGAAAAAGCAGGAAAACCAGUGCAUGAUGAGCAUCUGUUUAUCAUCACACAUCAAGCGUAUGAACUCUGGUUCAAACAGAUGCUGUUUGAGAUCGAUUCUGUCAGGGAAAUUUUUGUGGUCCCGACUAUGGAUGAAAGCCGAAUGCUCAAUAUCAUCAACAGAUUGCAGCGCGUCAGUUUGAUUUUAAAGUUAUUAGUGGACCAGUUUAUUAUAUUAGAGACAAUGACGCCACUGGAUUUUCUAGAGUUCAGACAACAUUUAGCUACAGCAUCUGGGUUCCAGAGCCUUCAAUUUCGACUACUAGAAAACAAACUAGGGGUCAAACAGGAAAACCGUAUAAAGUACAACCAGCAACAUUACAUGAAGGUGUUCAAUGACGAGGAAUCCAUCAAAAUGUUGAUGGACUCUGUGGAGCAGCCCUCACUUUUGGCUGUAGUAGAGAGGUGGUUGGAGAGAACUCCUGGCUUGCAGCGUCAUGACUUCCGUUUCUGGCGAGCCUUUGAAACAUCUGUCAGUCGGUGGCUUGAUGAAACAAUUUACCAACCAUAUAUAGAAGAAACAGACCCUAAGAUGAAGGAAACUUUAAUGGCAGAAUAUCAAAAACAGAAGGAUUCCUUCGAUACGAUUCUGGACCCCAUCAAGUACAACACUUUUGUGGAGAGGGGUGAGCGAAGACUGAGUCAUAAAGCCUUUCAAGGUGCGCUCUUAAUUUCACUAUAUAGAGACGAGCCUCGAUUUCACCAACCAUACCAACUUCUGACCCUUCUUAUGGACAUUGACUCUUUGAUGACGAAAUGGAGAUAUAACCACGUGAUGAUGGUACAGCGCAUGAUCGGAAGUAAGGUGGGAACUGGCGGGUCUUCUGGAUAUCAUUAUCUGAGAUCAACUGUCAGUGACCGUUACAAAGUGUUCCUUGACCUCUUUAACCUCUCCACGUACGUGAUUCCACGAGAGUACAUUCCUCCUCUGACCAUGUCUAUGAAGCGAACAUUAAGCACUCUAUCUACGGAGGUAGAGAGUGGCAUUGAGGACCAAUCCAGCAGCUUAGAAAGCAGCGACCAGUCGAAUGAGGACACAUCUCAAGUCAUGUUUACUAUGUAGUUGUGAUGUCACAAUCAAACGAGGACUCAUUAUAUUGCAUGUACCAAUGGGAAAUUCCUAUUUCCUUCAAGUUGUAAAAUUGUGUGCAUGUCUGUGAUAAUGUAUGGUGAAUGUUGAUAUAACCUACAAUGGAAGAACAUUUAAUGAUAUUUUAACAAUCAAUACCAUUUAUACUCUAUGUGGGUGGGCAACUUUCUCUUAUUUUGUUGCCAAAAUUUAAUUAUCCACCACGUGUGAUAAUCUUUCAUUUGCGGGUUAAUUAGUUAUAGUCUGCAUAUAAACCGCAAAACCGGAAAUGCAAAAACAGAAAAUGUCAUUUCCGUCUCUGUUUAAGUGUAUAUUUGUAGUCCAAGUAUAAAGGUUGAUAGUAUACAGCCUGUAGUCUCGUUGAGAUGGGACAUUUAAUAUUAGGAUAUGCAGGUUAAUUUUGUGCCUAUGGACACAUGAAAAUGAAGUGGUUUUAAAUUCUAUGUGUUAAUAUGGGAAUUACAUACGACAAUUCCUUUUACCUCAGAGGGGAAAACAAAGCAUAUUACAUCGUUUUUGUACCGGAAUUGUUACCCAUUGGCAGAUUUAUUUUUGUGUUCUAUUAUUCAUACUUUAAAUGUCCCUGAAUUCUUCAUUUUAGCAUGAUUUCAAUUUUUUUCAUUUAUCUUAGAGAAACUUUUUGGAUCUGUGAAUGUUAACGUUUUCCUUUGUUUUAUGAUCUGACAUUCCUUAAAACAACAUAACGGUAUAGCAUUAUUUUAUGAAUAACGUUACAAGAAGCGUUAAUGUUAAACUAAAAAUUAGAUGCCAAAAGAAGUGUUUGUCCAAUUUGAUAGAAAUAUAAUUUAAUGUGUAACAUUCAAAGCAUAUUAGAAAUAGCUGCCAAACCGGAUAUUAAUUUGAACACUGAUUAAGUCAUAGAUUACAUAGAACCAUUAUUUGUUUGUCACUUUAUGUUAUGUAUCAUACAAGAGUUAAUAGAUGGCAGCACUGUGCCUCAGAACAAAUAAAUCAAUAAUAGCAUCA